AUGCCUCAAUCAUUCUCUUCGAUCGUCAGAAUGGGUGACUACAUCCUCAAGUCGCCAACGCUAUCCAAGAUAGCGGUACCAGUGGCACAGCAGUUUGUGAAGCUGUCCGGCUACAGACAGCUAGGUCUAAAGUUUGACGAUCUCAUUGCUGAGGAGAACGACAUUGUGCAGACCGCGCUCAGAAGACUUCCGGAGGAGGAGUCCUACGCGCGUGUGUUCCGUAUCAUACAGGCUCACCAGCUAGAGCUAACACACCAUCUCCUGCCAAAGCACAAAUGGACUAAGCCAGAGGAGGACAAGUCGUACCUGUUGCCAUACUUGCUGGAGGCGGAGGCCGCGGCCAAGGAGAAGCUGGAGCUCGACGCCUUGGAAUUGAAAUAA